CAGGGGCUGAUGGGAGAUGUGAGGAGCUGUUAGGACCACGUGGCCCUCGUCUGAUCUCACAGCUCGUCCUUGUUUGGCCUCAGCUGCAUCAGAGCGCCACUUCUCCCCAGGUUCCCCACAGGAAACACCACUGAACAAAAUGCUUCUCCUCCCAGCUGCUGCUCUGUGCUGUCUGGGUUCAGCGCUGGCUGCCAUGGCAACACAGCUGAUUCAGGAGGAUUUAACAUUGACCAGGAGAGUUGGUGGAGACGUCUCCUUCAGCUGUCGAGGCACUGAGCAGUGUAACUAUGAUUAUGUAUUCUGGUACCAGAAGAGAGACACAGAAACAUUCACACUGAUUCUUGAUAUUGACCGGCGUAAUGGUGCCAUAGAUAAGAGUUACAAUCAUCCUCAGAAAGAUGAUUUCUCAGCUGUUAAUAAACAGAACGGCUGGGAGUUGCAGAUCCAGAAAGUUAAACUCGAUCAUUCAGCCUCCUACUACUGCUCCUGUUUGGUCCCCCACAACGGAGGGUACUGGAUGUUUGGCUCUGGAACUAAACUGGUUGUAACAGAUGAGCCGGUAGUGAAGCCCGUGGUGAGCGUGUACCCAGCAGCACCCAGAGCCCCCCUGGAGGGGAAGAGCUCCCUGCUGUGUCUGGCCUCAGCCAUGUUUCCUCCUCUGGUCCAGUUCUCCUGGAAAAGACGAAGGGAGGACGGUCCUCUGGAGGAGCUGCCCCCUGCUGAGGGAGAGCAGCUGGAGAUCAGAGAGUCGGGACGCACCGCCGCCAUCUUGAUGAUCCAUCAGCAAGAGAACAGCACGUAUAAAUACCGCUGCUACGUCCGCCAUGAGGGGGGGACAGUAGAGGCCCAAACAGAACAAGAGGUUCCAGCUCCAGCAGCCUCCUGUCCUCCAGAGAGAGAUCCACCAGACCAGCUAGCUCUGCAGCGAGCUGACUUGGUCUUCCAGUUGCAGUACAGGGUGAAGUUUUUCUGUCUGCUGUACACACAGCUGAUAGUGAAGAGUCUGGUGUUCUGCUGUGGACUCUCCCUGCUGAUGAUCCUCAGAAACAAGAGACCGUCCACCAUCUGCAAAUAUGAAGACUGAUUUCUGCUCAUCAAUUCAUCUCC